GUGAAGCUGGGAGGAGAGGAGUCAAACAGUGAGCAAAGAGGCUGAUCGAGCAAGGAAGAGGGAGGGUUUGUUCCUUAGUGUGUGUGGGUAGAGAGGGAGAGAGGGAGAUAUUGAGUGUGUGAGCUAGAGAGAUUGUGAGGAGAGGGAGGGAAGUGUAAGCCAGUCACAGCAUCUCUUCGUACUGCACCAGGGCUGAGGGACUCGUCCCAUUGUUUCGCUCGCUACAGAAUUAGCACAGUUCCAUCUGUGCAGUCAUCUUUUUUUUUUUUUGUCUUUUUUUUUUUUUUUUACUUGCUGCCUGACAGAAUAAUUUUGGUCCCUCUCUGAUUUUAUGCCUGCACUAAAGGAUUUACUCAUAAAAAAUGGGAUUGUCCCGUGUUACGGACAUUUUGGAUAGGACAGUGGAAUUCUGACCGGGACUCUGCUUUUUAUUUAUAUUGCUAUAGCGGAUUUCGCUUUGGUUGCGCAGCAAGUGAUUUUUUCCCCCCUUUCUCUGAGCGACAGAUAUACUGAGAGAAGAGUUAACGGAGGGCUCUGCAGGACCCCAUGCCUCAAUGCCUCCACAUUUAAACAGAAUUUUAAGCAUUGAAAGGAAUUGAGUCCCCCUCGUGCUUCCUUCAGAAUGCAAGUAAAGUGUAUGAGAUUGAGAAAAGUAGUUUGCUGACUGUCCCCACAACCUCUCUCCAAGUGUGUGCCACAGGAUUGCCGAGGAGUCCAAGUGAGUGGAGCAGCGCUGAGUUAUUCAGCUGGCCUCUCAUAGCUCCUGGAGAGUCCUUUCUCCUGCCUCCAUGGGAGUCUGACAUUUUAUGCCUUCAUCAGCCAUUACGACUGUUGGAUUUUUUUUUCUACUAGAAGUCACAAACUUUGAAAGCUGUAUUUGCUCUUUUGGACAUUCAUUUUAAAUUACAUUUUUGGAGCACUCCUGCAGACAUUUUUUUUUUUUUUUCGAUCUUUCAAAAAAAAAAUUUAAGUGUUGGUUUCUGCACAUGGAUGGCUUGAAAAUACACCCCAACCCUGUGUGUGUUGAGAGGACUGUGACAUUAUCUCCUGUGGAGAGAUCCCCUUGUUUUUUUUGCCCGUGUCUGUGUUUUGACUCUCACAAUAGUUAGGCCCACAUGGGUUCCAGAAACUGACAAGAGGACCACUAAAAUAAGGGAAGCUUACCAUUGAAUUAUAAACACACUAACCCCAGUACAGCCACAUUCUGGAUUUUACUGAAGACAAGAUUGAGAAAUGGGUGUCUUUUUUUUCUUUUUCUUUUUUGCAACAAGACUCCCAAGAGGGAAUGUCCGCUCUGAAAUUAAAUGUAUAAACCAACUCUGCUGAGUAAAUUUAGUCUGAAAUGGAAGCCAAUAUGUUGCAUACAUACGGAAUCUGAUCUGGGAAUAUGUGAAACAUUCUGUUUAAUUCAUUAAGCUUUUCAUCAGGCGUUUCCCCUUGCAAACUCUUUCAUCUGGGUUUUGUUGAAACAGCUUAUUCCCUCGACUAUUGGUGGCAAACCUUUUGAAACUGGAAGAUAAAGACCACAGGGCUGCCAAGCAAAGCAGCAUGGAACCUCACCUUUAGGAUGGAUGCUCACUUCAUCUAUGAAUCGACUCUGCUUCAGUUCUAUCAAAGGAAUAUGUUUUCCAAACCAUGCUCUGCAAGUGGAAAGGAAGAGCCUCAUUCAAAGGCAGAUGGCAGAUUGACGAUUUUACUCCUGUCAAUGUUUCCUUGAUUGAGACUCAUCAACGUGAAAGAGAGCUGUUAAGUUGUGUUAAGUGAAGCUGGCUACAGUGGCCCCAGAGAGGAGUAGACCAUUUGAACUUCCCUGCUUUUGCCUCAUUCAAGUUAUACGACCUUGGAUAAAACCCAGACAAUGAAUUUGUCUGAUGCAACGGCGGACCCAGUGCUCGCAGGAAAUGGCAGCCUUGGCAAUGUUUUUUCUGGUGCCACGAACCACUCCUGUCCCUUAGGAUGGGGGCUGAAAGGAAGCUUAGAAGCUUGUAUCCUGGAGACUGCUGUCGUCGUACUUUUGACAGUGCUCAUUAUUACUGGUAACUUGACAGUAAUUUUUGUGUUCCACUGUGCCCCGCUACUGCAUCACUACACCACCAGCUACUUCAUCCAGACUAUGGCCUAUGCUGACCUUCUGGUAGGUCUCAGCUGCCUGGUACCCACCUUGUCUUUGCUCCACUACCCAGCAAGUGUCCAGGAGCCCAUCACAUGUCAGGUGUUCAGCUAUGUCAUCUCAGUUCUCAAAAGUGUUUCAAUGGCUUGUUUGGCCUGUAUCAGUGUGGACCGCUAUCUGGCUAUAACUAAACCACUAUCCUAUAACCAACUGGUAACACCAUGCCGGCUACGGGGCUGCAUCACCCUCAUAUGGGUUUACUCUAGCCUUGUUUUUUUGCCCUCUUUCUUUGGAUGGGGCAAGCCAGGCUAUCAUGGGGAUAUUUUUGAGUGGUGUGCCCAUUCGUGGCCCACUUCUGCCCUCUUUACAGGCUUUGUGGUGUGCUUACUCUAUGCUCCUGCUGCCCUUGUGGUCUGUUUUACCUACUAUCACAUAUUCCGCAUUUGCCAGCAGCACAACAGGGAGAUCAGUGAACGACGGGCGCGUUUUCCUAGCCAAGAGAUGGAAACUGUUGAAGGAGGGGCUGAUGGGCAGCAGGGAGGACAUGGACCAGAUCGGCGUUACGCGAUGGUGCUCUUCCGCAUCACCAGUGUUUUUUAUAUGCUCUGGCUGCCCUACAUCAUAUACUUUGUGUUAGAGAGCUCCCAUGUCCUGGAUAGCCCUGCUCUCUCCUUCAUCACCACUUGGCUAGCAAUCAGCAACAGUUUUUGCAACUGUGUCAUCUACAGCUUGUCCAAUAGCGUCUUCCGCUUAGGCAUGCGUCGGCUCUCACAGACAAUUUGCUCUUUCAGCCACUGUGCCGCUGAUGACCGGGACUUUGGGAAGCCAAAACCAAGAAAAAGGGCAAACUCAUGCUCCAUCUGAAUACAUGCAUUUUAACUUAUUAAGACAUACCGCUUUGUGAUGACACCUGUGUUAUUCCCAUGGCCACAGUCCACAAUGAUGUACAUUUUGAGAAAACAUUAUUUAUUUGUUUAAAAAUGUUGUUUUAAUCAUAGUCACCUUGUUAAUGUGUUAGAACUACAAUACAGUGGUGCCAUGGUUCCCCUUCCCAUUUAAAAAAAAUACAUGAAUGCCAGAAUAAAAAUGUUUUGAGGGAGUUGAAUGAAAAAGAUAAUCUGACAAAAUGUCUGCUCAAAAACAUGUUUCAAGGUCAAUUGCUAUUGAUUAAACAUUGUUGACAUGCAUGAUGCAGUUUGCGAACGUGAAAUGUGCUUUCUGCUGAGACUGUUAAUAUACAGUAAUAUGGGUAAUUGAAAAUGAUUACUAGUUGUACUGUAAUCCUCUAUUACUGCACUUUUUAGGACUGUUAAAACUUUUUCAGUAAACUACUAUUGAAAUUCUUAAUUUGUUUUCUCUGUGGGGGAAAAACAAGCUUAGCUGUAAAAUUUUAUUUUAAAAUGAUUUUGGUAUAUUUAUUGUCCCUUUGCCCAUCGUAUUGAAUUAUUGAAACAGCAAAUUAAAUUUUUUUUUAUUUCAUUAGGGUUAUAUAUAACUGCCUAUUACCCUUUAAAAACUCAAUGUUUUCCUACAUCUCACUUAAAGACAUUAGCAAAAAUGUUUCACUUCUUGGUUUGUUGAGGAGACUAUCACACAAAGAUUUACUGGAAAAAAGAUAUUUGAUAGCAUGCUACUGUCUGUAUAUGAUAUAAAUAUCUUAAAAAACAUUUAAUAAUGCUGUCUUGGUAAUUUGACGAAUAACAUCAUGUUGUUUUGUUUAAUUUUGGUUUAUUGUCACGACUACGUUUGACAACACAGCAUAGAAGUUUGUAUCAGUUUUGAGAAAUGUGGUCAUGUCAGCAUUUGAACAGUGUAGUAAUUGUCCCUCAGAGACAAACUAUAUGGCACAGCAAUAUUUCAAAAUGAUCCACCACCUUGCUUUGCACAUCCUUAGCAUUGGUAUUGUUAGCACCACCAGCUGGUUGUUGCCAAGUAGUGAAAUCCAUACAGGCUUUUGUUACAGCUGUAACUAGUUGCUGUGUUUUUUUUAAAUCCAAACUAAUUUAAAUUCCCUGACUCCUACCUUGUAGGUUUCAUCACCUACAACUAACUACUCUUCAAGUAAACUUUAGUGCUAUUCGUCAUCAAAUGACUAAAGGAAGAGUUUGUGGUAGAAAAUACAUACUUUGUCAUAAUUUGUUAAACAGUAUUUGUUUUUGCUACAGUUCUUUUUGUUAUUCAAAAGAGCACACAUAGAGAACAAUUUAAACGUAAAGUUAUUUCACGGUAAAAUGCUCUCUAUGUUGGUUUAGCUGGGUUGGUUAUUUGGUUAAGGUGUCUUGCUAAAUCAGUCAGGUAAAAUGUCUUGCUAAUAUAGUAACUUUGAGUUUCCUCUUAAACGUUUUUUUGUUUUUUUUAAGUCUGGUGUAGGGUGACUGGAUCAUGCCGGAUAAUUACACACCGAUGUCUCCACUAAACUUUACUCUCUGUUCAAAACUAUGACAAUCUUGCUAACAGACUGGUUAUCCAUAGUUUUUUAGAUGAUCCUUGCAGGCCAACAUUUCAUCAGUGAAAAUCUUGUCAAGGUUUUUUUUUUUCUGGUAAUUUAUUUUGAUCAAAAUGGGUUAAACUGUCUGACGUCAACAUUGUAUCUGUAAGAUAAUGACGGUAGUCUAGGUUCUGUGAAUUCCCUUCAACACUAUAUCCAAAAAUGUGGCUUGUAUAAGAAAUAACAAUAGGUUAACACAGAAUAGCUGUGUCAAAAGCUAGAGAUCUGUUCUAUUGAUAGAAUGCUCUGUUAACAGGAAUUAGUACUGUGGAGUAGAUGCAAUUUAUGGGGCCUGACUUUGUGUAACGAUAUGGUAAAAAAUACAACAGUAGUCCUAAAAUUGAGAGCAUGGUUGUUACCAUGUAAUGUGCAUUUUUUAACGUGAUUGUCCAAGUGAAUUUUACAGUAUUUGGUCAAAAAUUGCAGAAUUUAUUAUUGUUUUGGGGUGAUUUUUAAACAAUCAUGUAAAUUUGUAUGUUGGCUUCAUGUUUUGAACCUCCGAGGGCCAUCACAUGCAUAAAGUAGAGUUAUUUAAAUCGGUGUCUGUAUUCCAAAAACCUAACUGAAGUGGUAGGAUUUUACACUAACUUGUUAAAACAAAAUGUUUUAAUUUCAAGUGUAGUAAAAAAAAAUGGAUGCAUUUAAUGAAAUUACUGUAUAUGUAAGUCUUUACACAAUAUGCUGUAUACUGUAAAGUGGGUGUGUUUCAAACCUGUUGUACAAAAAAGUAUAAUGUACCUAUUGUGUUAAAUUAAUCGG